AGGAAAAUGUCUGAAUUAAAUUCCAAUCAUAAAUGAAUUUCGAACUCCUGAAAUUCUGGAAAGCUGCCAAUUUCACAUUAGUUCCUGAUCCCUGACGUGUCGAUGAAUUUGCUAUGUACAGACUAACGAGAAGGCCAUCUCCAGAGUGUAUUUCCUGGUGAUGAAUCAGGACCGAAGUGAAUGUUAAUCGAGUGGUUACGACGAUGGGAAUAAUCCUGGCAUCGAGCAGAGCCCACAAUUCUCCCUGCAUCCCUUGUCCGGAGGGUUAUGUGCCUGGAAAUCCAGGUACCUUCGAGGAGUUGCAUAAAAAAGUGAAGGACCUAUACCCCCCGAUCUUCGAGGGAGCUAAAUUGCGAGUGAAGAGAUGCCACAAUGAAGGAUUUUUCACAGUCCACAGUCUCACCCUGAGCUCAAUGACACCAUCAGGGUACAAACUGGGCACCUGUUACACAGGCUCCAAACACGUUGGAAGACUUGAGCGAUAUCCGAUGAUCAUGGGAGAGCUGAUGCCCAAUGGAAACCUAGCGACAACAUUUGUCCACACCCUGGGCUGUCGACUGCGAGUGAAACACGUCAAUCAAAUUGUCAAGCAGAAAUUCGAGGCAUCGAGUUCUACAAUCGAUUACAGAUCCGACGAGGCGACGUUUUCAAUCACUCUGGACAAUCCUGAUUUUUCCAAAUGCACUGGAACUCUCGUUGUUCACUAUCUCCAGGCCCUAUCCAACAGACUAACAGCUGGCACUGAAUUCGCCUUCCACAGGAGCCAAUUGAUACCAGGGGGACAGGAAUCGAUGAUUGCACUGGCUUUGAGGUACAGCACUGGGCUACAGACUUUCUCAGCAACUAUUGGAAAUGCUGGACUACAUUUUUGUUAUCAUCACAAGGCCAGUCAGCAACUUCAGCUUGGGGUUGAGCUCGAGACCAGUCUUGCCAGUCAUGACUCCAGUGCUGGAAUUUUUUAUCAGCUCGAUGUUCCUGAUGCUGAUAUCGUGUUCAGGGGAAUGGUCAAUACCAAAUUGACUGUUGGAGGAGUUCUGGAGAAGAAACUUUAUCCUAUUCCUGACUCUUCGUUGAUUCUCAGUGUUAUGCUGAAUCAUGGCACUCAACAUUUUCAAGUUGGAAUUGGUCUCAAUGUCGGGUGAUUUUUUGGUUUGCAUUUUGUACUUUUAAUGUGUCACGGUUUUUCGAAUAUAAAGAAAUUUUUUUAAGGCAGAGACUGACAAUACUUCUGGUUUUAUAGCAGUUUGAGAAUGAUUCGAUGAGUUUUUGAUUCUUUUGGAGAAUUUGAAGUAUUCAUUGCUCAGUUCUGAUGAAUAAUUUUGUAAUCGAGAGAUGUAACGCAAUGAGUGGGAAAUUAUAUUCUUACAAUCAUGUAAUUGUCACAAGAAUCAAAAAUUAUAUUUUCAGAAAAUAGUCAUUAAGUCAAUUAAAUAUUCAAAGGAAUGUUCAAAUAUUUUUGAGGCAGUCAUUUAAUUCAAUCCAGUUAACAAGAAAAAUACAGAGUACUUAACGUAGAUCAUAGAUUCAAAAUUGCAUUGAAUUA